AUGCUCACUUUCGUUUCGGUGCUUCUUCUAGCUUUGUUUUCGUUUCAGAAUCUCUGCCACUGUGACGAGCAAACGAUCCUGUAUGAAUCGUUCGACGAGCCUUUUGACGGUCGCUGGAUCGUAUCGGAGAAACCUGAAUACCAAGGUGUGUGGAAGCACGAGAAGAGCGAAGGUCAUGAUGAUUAUGGACUUCUAGUGAGUGAGAAAGCUAAAAAGUACGGAAUAGUGAAGGAGCUUGACGAGCCACUAAACCUCAAGGAAGGAACUGUUGUUCUUCAGUACGAGGCUCGUUUCCAGGAAGGCCUCGAGUGUGGUGGUGCUUACAUCAAGUACCUUCGUCCUCAAGAAGCUGGAUGGGUCGCUAAAGAGUUCGACAACGAGUCUCCUUACUCCAUCAUGUUUGGGCCUGACAAGUGCGGUGCUACAAACAAGGUGCAUUUCAUCUUGAAGCACAAGAACCCCAAGAGCGGAGAGUAUGUAGAGCACCACCUCAAGUUCCCUCCUUCAGUUCCUUUCGACAAGCUUUCUCACGUCUACACUGCGAUCUUGAAACCUGACAAUGAAGUGAGGAUUUUGGUUGACGGAGAGGAGAAGAAGAAGGGUAAUUUACUGUCUUCUGAAGACUUUGAGCCUCCGUUGAUCCCUUCCAAGACCAUCCCUGAUCCAGAUGACAAAAAACCAGAAGACUGGGAUGAGAGAGCCAAGAUUCCUGACCCUAACGCUGUGAAGCCUGAGGACUGGGACGAGGAAGCACCCAUGGAGAUCGAAGAUGAGGAAGCUGAGAAACCAGAAGGAUGGUUAGACGAUGAGCCUGAGGAGGUUGACGACCCAGAGGCGACUAAGCCUGAAGAUUGGGAUGAUGAAGAAGAUGGUAUGUGGGAGGCUCCCAAGAUCGACAACCCCAAGUGUGAAGCAGGACCUGGAUGUGGCGAAUGGAAGAGGCCUACAAAGAGGAACCCUGCUUACAAGGGCAAAUGGAGUGCGCCUCUUAUCGAUAACCCAGCUUACAAGGGAAUCUGGAAAGCAAGAGACAUUCCAAACCCUGAGUAUUUUGAGCUUGACAGGCCGGAUUUUGAACCUAUUGCUGCCAUUGGUAUUGAGAUUUGGACAAUGCAAGACGGUAUCUUGUUUGACAACGUCUUGAUUGCUAAAGACGAGAAGGUAGCAGAGACCUACAGGCAAACCACGUGGAAGCCUAAGUUUGAUGUUGAGAAAGAGAAGCAAAAAGCAGAGGAUGAAGCUGCUGGUGAGUCUGAUGGUCUCAAGCGUUACCAGAAGAAGGUGUUCGACCUUUUGUACAAGGUUGCAGACAUUUCUUUCCUUAGUGCGUACAAGUCAAAGAUCUUGGAACUCAUUGAGAAAGCUGAGACACAGCCAAACUUAACCAUCGGUGUUCUCAUUUCCGUCGUGAUCGUCUUCCUCUCUCUAUUCGUAAAGCUCGUAUUUGGUGGUUCAAAGGUGAAGGUGGAAAAGAAGAAACCGGAAACAGCAACAGACGCGUCGACGAGCGAGGCAAAGACGGAGAAGGAAGAAACAGCGGCUGCACCACGAAAGAGGCAGACAAGGCGUGAGAGUUAG